AUGGCUCCUGUGACCACAAAGAACACAUCAGGCCCUACUCCAUCUGAUGACACGUUCCUGUUUGUCAAUAUAUCGGGACCAACAGAUGGUCGUCAUAGGGGGCCUUCCACUCAAACAAGAAUCCGACAACAUGUUAUGCGUGACAUUACUAAAGCGCAACGCAAGGCGCCACCGAAUCGCCGCGCCAAGUCAAAGAAGGGCAACUCAAAGAAGAAGAUGAGGCAUGCGAAAACGCUUGACGCUAGUGCACCCGAGGGUCAGUCUGAGGAAUCGAGAGAUCAUGAAAGUGCAACUGGCAGCAUUGUAUCCUAUAUAAGUGGCUCUACGAUUGAUGAGAGUACUCUGGGCACCCCUGACAGGUGUCGGACAGAGCUCCAGAAACCCACACCUCUUGUGGACUUUACACUGGAUCAACACCCACUCACUAUGUUGUAUCGGAGAUUGGCAGACACGAGUAGAUUUCCAGCGUACAGCCUGGCAUACGCCGUGACGCAGAAUGUCAAGGUCAACCAUGCGCCGGGGAGAAGUUUCCUGUUUCCGUUUGCGUUCAAAGAAGCCCCUUUGUACCACAGAAUUCUCACCGGCCAACAAGUAGCAGAGAUUAUACGCUCGAGUCCAGAGAAAAGUAUCAUGAUAGCUAUAACACGGUUCACGGAGGUAUUGAGAUGCAUAAGAAAAAGAUUAUCUGAUCCAAAUCUGGACAUGGCCUUAUCCGAUGACACUAUUAUGGCUGUCAUUGACUCUAUCUGCUACAGUCGAAUUCCACGGUUUCCUCUACCAGCGACUCUCCUCCCCACUCCUCCACGAACCGGGACAUCUGCAAUUUGGGAUCUAUUGCGCUUAGUCAAAGAAACUGAAUGUCAGUCGGAUGUUGAACAAAACGAACUCUUCGACGCAUUGAGAGAAGUCUCUUCGAUUGCAAAAACCAUCGAAUCAGAACUGUUUACAAGAGGCGACGAUGUAUGGCACGAUGCAGUCUUCUUAGGUUGUCUAGUCCACCCUGUAGCUCAUCGCUUGCUUUCCACAUUAGAGCAAGAUUGCGAAAAGCAACACUUGCCCAUCUCUACGUCUAUCCGCCUUGGGAUCGCUCUUUUCAUCAUUAUACUUAAGCAACAGUCUCGAGCAUGUCCUGCGCCAUCGUCACCAUAUGUUGCGAAGGCUGUUGCUGUGUUAUAUUGGGACAUCCCCAAUAUUCCUUCACACAAGUCUUCAAUUCUUUUUACACUGCAAUUGUGGCUUCUGCUACUCUGUACAAUUGCAUAUCCUGACACAACUCUUCUUCCUGAGAUUCAGAUGAUGAUUGCGAGAAUACAGAAGCAGUCAAGGUUGAACUCUUGGGAUGAGGUCGUAGCAACAGCCCGUCUUAUGCCAUGGAUUAGCAAAUUUGAGUCUCGGAGAGGUUUCCGUAACUAUUUAAUAGAUGAUGUCGAGUAA